CCUCCCUUGGUGGGAGAUGUAUAUAUAUAAAAGACAUCAUUUCUACACCCCCAACUCGACCUUUUUCAAUUUCAAAGAUAGCAAUAGUCAUACACCUUAUAACUCAAUGACCAAAGUUUCAUCAUUUUUCUCUAAUGUGUUUAUGUUUGUUGGUGGAACAUUAGUGACUUUAGUUAUAAUCUUGGCUUUAUGGUCUUUCAUUAAGACCCCAAAUUUUUCUACCAUUAAUUUGGACUUCAAUUUAGAUCAAGAAGGAUCAACAAAUUUCUAUGAUGAACCAAAUUUGAGCUACACUAUAGAGAAGCCAAUACAAAAUUGGGAUGACAAACGAAGACAAUGGUUCAAUCUUCAUCCUUCAUUUAAGCUUGAAGGCCAAAAAGAUCGUGUUUUAAUCGUUUCGGGUUCACAAUCCACGCCUUGUAAAAACCCCAUUGGUGAUCAUUUGUUGCUGAGGUUCUUCAAGAACAAGGUAGAUUAUAGUAGAAUACAUGGAUAUGAUGUAUUCUACAAUAACGUAUUAUUGGAACCAAAAAUGUUCUUCUUUUGGGCAAAAUUGCCAGCCAUUAGAGCAGCAAUGGUAGCUCAUCCAGAAGCAGAAUGGAUUUGGUGGGUGGACUCUGAUGCUGCCUUUACUGACAUGGACUUCAAGUUACCUUUGGAGAAAUACAAAAACCAUAACUUUGUAGUUUAUGGUUGGCCAAAGUUAAUCUAUGAGAAAAAAAGUUGGACAGGUAUCAAUGCUGGAGUGUUCUUGAUUAGGAAUUGUGAAUGGUCAAUGGACUUAAUAGAAGCUUGGGCAAAAAUGGGGCCACAGUCACCAGAAUACAAUAAAUGGGGUGAAAUCUUAAGAGCAACAUUUAAGGACAAAAAUUUUCCACAAUCAGAUGAUCAAUCAGGUCUAUCAUAUUUACUAUUAAAAGAAAAAGACAAAUGGGGUGAAAAAAUAUACAUAGAAAGUGAAUAUUAUUUCCAAGGUUAUUGGGUGGAUAUUAUAGAUACACUUGAUAAUAUUACAAAUAAAUACUUUGAGAUAGAGAAAAAAAUACCUAUUUUAAGGAGGAGACAUGCUGAGAAGGUAGUAAGUGAGAUUAAGGUUUGGGAAGAGUACUUAAUUAAGGAUAAUUAUUCAAUUAGGAGACCAUUUGUUACACAUUUCACUGGUUGUGAACCUUGUAGUGGGGAUUAUAAUCCAAUAUAUUCUUGGGAAACUUGUUACAAUGCAAUGCAAAAGGCAUUAAAUUUUGCAGAUAAUCAAGUUCUGAGGAAGUAUGGUUUUGUUCAUAAUAAUUUACUUGAUUCUUCAUCUGUAAAACCCUUGCCUUUUGACUAUCCAUCCAAUAUUUGAGUUAUGGAUAGUUUGAGGUGGGGUGGGGUGUGUGUGGAA